AUGACCGACCACCGCUCCUUCCCCGGCCGCCAAGGCAACGCCGCCCUCUCACGCGACAACGAGUCCUUUGUCGCCGCAGGAGGAUACACCUACGCUUCCACAUCCACCCACGUCGACCUCGCCGCACCCGUGUCCGCCGCGCUCGCUGCCGUGCGCUUCUACGACCCAGCCGCCACCGCCACGCACCUCGCCAACGUCACCUCUGUGCCCGGACCAGGCAUCCGCACCGCCUUUGAAGUCACCCCCGAGACGUCGACGGCCGCCGCGGCGCGCGUCCACGCCGAGGGCGGGCACGCGACCGUCCUCAACUAUGCGAGCGCGACCAAGCCCGGCGGAGGAUACCUCUCUGGCGCCCGGGCGCAGGAAGAAGACAUUUGCCGCUCGUCGGCGCUGUACACCUGUCUCGCGUCGGCCACCGCCAGCGGGUUCUACACGUUCCACCGGCGCAACCGCGACCAGCGGUACACCCACCGUAUCAUCUGGACACCCGACGUGCCCGUGUUCCGCGACUCGGCGUCGUCGGCCCUCUUGCCGGCCACGUACCCCACGUCGUUUAUCACCGCCGCGGCGCCCAACGCCGGCGCACUGGCCACAAACAACCCCGCAGCCCUGCCCUGUACCCCGCUCCUGGCCGACCGCGCCGCGCGUGUCUUGGCCGUCGCCGCGCACCACGGCGCACGCACGCUCGUGCUCGGCGCGUGGGGCUGUGGCGUGUUCCGCAACGCGCCGCACGACGUCGCAGACGUGUUCCGCCAGCUCCUUGUCGGCGGCGCAUUCGAGGGCCGCUUCGAGCGCGUCAUCUUCGCAGUGUACGACACGGGCGCUAGCCAGAGCACCAUCUCGGCGUUCAGGCAGGCGUUCCCUCCCGGGACCGACACGACGCAUCUGGGUGGUGCUGCUGUCGGCGCUGGUGGCGGUGCGGGACCGGGACCGUCGACCGCGUCUGCGUCUUCCAGCAGCACCGACCCACGGUUCCCCGGCCGCGGCCGCGUCGUUGGCGCCACGACAAGCGACAUGACCACGACCACGCCCCCCUCGUCGAGCGCAGUGGCUUCCACGGGCACGCAGCAGCAGCAGCAGCAGCGAGCACCCUCACCCGCACCAGCACCAGCACCCGCACAAUCACCAGCACCCCGCUCGCCUCCCAAGCCGGCAGCUCCCGCGGCGUCAAGUAAACCCGGCAGCGGCAGCGGCAGCGCAAAGGCCAACAAGGGUCCAGCCCCCAACACCUCGCAACGGACACUGCUGGACGCGUGGUUGAUUCGCAAGCCGCCUGCACUUCCUCCCAAGCCGUAA